AUGGCCGAGUUCGGGGGUCUGUUCUUGAUACGUUGUCUGGAGACUAUAUUUGCCGAAGCAUCCUCGUUCCUCUACCAAGCGACCAACCAUCGAGCAUACUUCCACGAGCUCACUAUCCUCGUUCCCGAAUCCUGGUCCGACGAUCCCACCUACCAGCCAGCCUUUACGGAGAGCUUCCACACCGCCAACAUACUCGUCAACACCGCUACCGGUCGCGAUGUACCCACCCAACCGUUCGUCAAACAGCCGGGCAUGUGCGGGGAGGAGGGGGCCUACCUUCAUCUAACGAGGGAGCUGAUUGGGCAGGGCAACCCGGGACCAUGGGGAAAUCUCACUCGAGUACUGGUGCACGAAUGGGGCCAUCUCCGAUGGGGUCUUUUUGACGAGUACCCAAGCGGACCGGACGACCCUCACUUCUACCUGACCAGCUCGGGCGCCGUGGAGCCCACUAGGUGCUCCAAGGCCGUGACCGGGGACAUUGUGCCCGUCCACCGGCGGCAAGGCGGGCCUGAUGUCCGGUGCGAUCUUGGAGACAACCGGGGUCACUUACCGGACCCCACGUGUCGGUUCCAACCGCACGUCAACCAGGCGCAAGGGGCGAGUGGAUCCCUCAUGUAUGCGCAUUUUGUCGACCAGAUUACAGGAUUUUGCCAUAGCAACGGCAGGGGGGACGCGGGGUCACUGCACAACCCCGAGGCCCCAAACCGUCACAACGCGCUGUGCGACGGCCGCAGUGCCUGGGACGUCAUGCUGACGAGCGAGGACUUCGCCGACGGUGCCAACCCGCCUCGAGAGGUCGCUGUUACUCUCCCACGGUUCUCCGUCAAGCGGGCCAAGAAGAGACGGGUGGUUUUGGUUCUGGAUACCUCUAGCAGCAUGAAUGAAAACAGAAAGUUUGAGAAGCUUCUUCGGGCCAGCUCGUUUUUACUGACUGAUGUCCUGCCCAAGGAUACCUGGGUGGCACUGGUGCAGUUCAAUGCCACAGCUUCGGUCCUGGCACCACUCACCAAAAUAAGAUACAAGAGCAGCCGGCAGAAUUUGUUGGACAAACUACCCGUCUCUGCUGACGGCAACUCGAGUAUGGGAGCAGGAAUCUUAAAAGCGCUAGAAGUCCUGUCGACUAACGGCGAGUCACCGCAAGUGGGCGUCAUCCUCGUCAUGAGUGAUGGUCUGGAGGACACGCCUCCCUUCUUCCGUGACGUAGCCGAUAACGUCAGGGCACGGGGCGUGGUCCUGGACGCUAUGGCCUACAGCGCCAUCUUGGAUGAGAACUUCCACCUGCCAAACGCGGGCGGAGGAGGCUCAUUCUUUAUUCCGUUCGCCGAGAACGGCACCAUUGCCACCGAGAAACCCACGGCCAUGGAAAUGGAAGACGAGGAAUUUCAAGACACGGAAAAGUUCUUGACGAUCGCCCGGCGAACGGAAAUGCUACUUGGAAACGGCAACGGUACCAACUACGUGCACAUGGACAGCACCUUGGGUAUCGAUACCAUUUUUCGAUUCAUCUGGGAGAUCGGUCAGGCGACGGCGAUCGUGCGAACGCCGGAGGGGAUGAUACUCGACCCUAGCAGACCCGAGUACUUGAUGGACAUGGAGGGUCGAAAGGUUGAGAUUCGAAUCCAAGGGAUCGCCCAGUCUGGAACGUGGGGUUACGGUAUCCUGAACAUGAACGAGCGCCCACAAACCAUGCGGGUGCACGUGUACUCUAGGCCGUCCGAUCCGGCAGUGCCGCCUCUACGAGCAAGGACCCACAUCAAACGGAAUCAGGUGAAUUUUACAGAGGAAUCGAGAGUAAUAAUUUACGGUGAGGUAACGCAGGGAGAGCUGCCGGUGAUCAAGGCAAAGGUCAAGGCACUGAUCAAGCGGCCAGGGGACGGAGAUUCCUCGGGAUAUCUUGCCGUGGAACUGUUCGAUCUUGGAACGGGAGCGGAUACCGAAAGGGAUGAUGGGAUAUACUCGGCCUACUUCAUGGGCUUCACCGGUGAUGGCGUUUAUCAGGUCACAUUGGAGGUCGAAAACGAGGCUGUGGGUCAAGCCAAGAAGAUAACCUUUCCUCAGACAUUGGGCGGAGUAAUGCCGCCGAAUUGGAAUAACACCGAGGAGCCGGUCUUAGUGGACGUAGACCCCUUCAUGCGAGCCACCCAAGCCGUAGAAUUCACCGUGAUCUCGGCACCACCUUCUGAUAAGAUGGACGAGGCAGACAUGUUCCCACCGGCCCGGGUGACCAAUCUGAGGGUAGCGAGCUUCUCCAGGUACGAGGGUAGGCUGACGCUGCGAUGGACGGCACCGGGGGAUGAUUACGAUGUCGGAACAGCCACCACGUACGACCUGAGAUGCAGUCACAACUUCGAGGAAAUCUCGUCCGACUUCAGCAACGCCAGAGUGGUCUAUGACAUCGACAUCAUAUCUGGUGACCUCUCAGCACCGCAGAAAAGUGGAUCCGAAGAAACCCUGGUCGUGAGAAUCCCCACCAUGCAGUCGGCGGUCCCCGAUGACUUGAUGUUGUUCCUGGCGUUCCGUAUCCGGGCGAUCGAUGACUCGGGCCUGGCUGGGGAGACGUCUAACAUCGCCACCGCGGUGGUCGACUACGGAGCCGGUCCAACGACCACCCAUUUGAUGGCCGAAACCGCUUACCCACCGCCUUCAUCAACGCCCGUGCUAUCUACUGUAGCCACUGGUGCCUCCAGCAUCACCACCACUAUAAAUGACCACCACUUGUUGACCCUUGGCAGAAACAUGGCCAUCGUGCUUGGUGUUUCCGUCUUCCUCGUGGUUUUUUCCACGGUGGUGUUAAUCAUAGCCUGCAGGACCAAGCGACGAAACGACAGGGAGCACGACAACGGAAUAAGUGUCUCCUACACCAAGGCCCGGUCGACUCGGAGGGUCAGCGACGCAUGGGUGUUGGAAGAGAUCUGAGUAUUUGGGGUUGAUAUUUACACCAAAGAGCGUCCAACAAGGUUGUUGGUGUGAAAUUAUGAGACAAGAUAUCACAAAUAUACAAACCUAGGGCUAGCUCAGUGACCAUAAGCAUGAUUCACCAUAGGACUGUUGUUUUCCAUAGCUUUAAGCACAUCGUAUCGCUUCAUAAUGCACACAUUUCGCUCAACCCUCGGUUUUGGAAGAUAUCUUUCAGUAGUUUGAAUCCAUUUAGAUGCACGACUUGGUGUGAACAUAUGUUACAGUUGACCCUGUUAUAAUUUUGUACCUUUAAAACUUAAAUUUUUGCGAAAAUGGCAAAAGGCCGUGUAUACUCUGUCUGAAUAGUAUAAACUUAUUUGCAGUUUCAACUUUCACUAGCUUGCAACAUACGCUAUAUAUUACCAAAACCAGAGGACUUUAGGUUGCACCGAUUUUAUUCAAAACUGACUUGACUUUGAUACGUGGGCGCACGAAGACAAGAUUUGAAUUGUAUUUUAGUCUUUUUUAGAUGUUCUUAAUAUUCGAGUAAACCGUUUUGAUACUCAAAACAAAAUGUUUCAACAAGCUAUAAUGAGUAUUAUUCAUUUAUAAUUACGUGUUCAUUAAACUAGCAUAAAAUUUAAUUAGACAGCAUUGUUGGUAUAAAUUCCAGUACAUGUACAAAAUAUAUCUCUUAUCUUGAAAGUUGGACAAAGAAAAUGAAAAAAAGAGCGGGACUUGAGCUUGAGAUCAAAGGAGGACCGUGCAGGUUCUCUGCCCAAUUUUUACUAAUUGGGCCACGAACAAUCGAUCUAGCCUAUUUGCGAUGGUGAUUUUGGCCUCCAAAUAGGAGCUGAGGCAUUGAGGAGACGUUGAAAUGUCUCCGUAAUUCCCAAAGGUAUAACUUUGAGGCUAACGUGCCUCCCAAAUGAUAUAAUGUAUGAUAGUAGAGCAUAUAGAUAAAAUUGUAUGAAGAUCUUAAGUUGAAGUCCUGCCCGAUUCGAUGUUAAUUCGACCCUAUGUUGAUCUAAAGUGAACCUGUCAAUUCUUUGCUGGCACUAGAUUAUUAUAAUUGACAUUUAUUGUAUGAUCCGAGUAUCAGAACUAUCACUCAACGGACACUUCCUAAGAUAGCUUUUUACAAAAUAAUAUCCCGCUUUAUAUGUGAACCAUUUAUAAUAACUUACAUAUUGGAAACUGCAAAGCAGUGAACUAAUGGCUAGUCCAAUUUCUCCCGGGCUUGCACGAUUUUAUUUGCUUUAUGCUAAUGAAGUAAACAUAUUGACUAUUGUAGGUUUGGUUAAAAGUAUUUACCCAGCUCGCAAGUAUAUUGUGCAAUUAAAUAUUCAUAAAAGUAACUAUGUAAAUUAUAAAUAUCAAAUACAUAUUCUUUAUCGCUGUAUCUUUUGAGCUAAUUUAGCAUAAAAUACGGUUAAUGUUAGAUCACGAUUUUGUAUUUUCUACGCAGAUUUGACCAAUAAUGCAGUAACUCGAGAGGUGGAAAAUAAACCAAUGGAUGAAUUUGGUAUACGUGUA